GUCUGACCUCAGUCCACCUCACAGGAGUAGCGGCUUUAACUCACCGAGACUCUCCGUUUGGAGUUUUGCGCUCAAUCCCCGUCUCAAAGUUGAGAUCUGUGGUUCUUUUAAACUGCUCGGACCUUUGGCAGCAACAUGUCUAUCCCGCAGCUCGGGUAUAAGUAUAUCAGACCGCUGUACUCUACGGAGCGGCCCGGGGCGGUCGGCGGUCGCGUCGGCGUGGAGUUGAACGCGUCGGGAUCGCUCUCCAGUGUCCUCUCCAGCAUGUACGGAACACCGUUCCCCAAUACGCAAGGAUACAGCGCGUUUCUGCCCUAUUCCAGCGACCUGUCAAUACUAAAUCAGCUGGGCUCACAGUACGAGUUUAAAGACAGUCCUGGAGUUCAGCACACAGGGUUUUCUCACCCACCCUUCUAUCCAUACGGACACCAGUACCAGUUUGGAGAUCCAUCCCGACCCAAGAACGCCACGCGUGAGAGCACCAGCACCCUGAAGGCCUGGCUCAGUGAACACCGGAAAAACCCUUAUCCCACCAAAGGAGAGAAAAUCAUGCUCGCCAUCAUCACUAAAAUGACUCUGACUCAGGUGUCCACCUGGUUCGCCAACGCCCGGAGGAGACUGAAAAAAGAGAAUAAAAUGACCUGGGUUCCCAAAGCACGAACCGAUGAGGAAGGAAAUGUGUAUACGAGCGACAAUGAGGAAGGAGACAAGAGGGACGAGGAUGAGGAAAUAGACUUGGAGAACAUUGAUACAGAAAAUAUUGAAGACAAGCAGGAUUGUGAUUAUGUGGAUGACGAGAAAUCGGUUUCUAAAGUGUCUGACAGGACUGACUCUGAUGGAUCUGAGGAAUAUGAUGAUGCUGGAGCUGAGAAGAGUUUUAUGAACAAUAUAAUGAAAGACCGAAGAGACGCAAACUCUGAGGAGGAACAGGAGGACCAAAUCAAAGAGAGUCCAGCAGCGCAAGAGCCCUUGAAUAAUGGAAGUCCACCUCAAAAGCCAAAGAUCUGGUCUUUGGCUGAAACCGCAACGACGCCGGACAGUCCCAGAAAGUCUAAAUGGGUUCAGAUGGACUGUGAUGCUCAGACUGUUAGAAAUCCUCUUCAUGUUCAAAACUGGACCAAAAUGGCUUUUUCAGCCCAUCAGAUGGCAUUAACCAGUCAUUACCUCGGACUUAAACACCAGAUCAACUCACAUAACCACAUACACAUGCAGCAUGGAGACCAGAGGACUCACAGCUUGUGAAAUUAAAAUGGACAAUUAAAGACUUUUUCAUUUUUUAUAUUUUUAACCUUCCUUAUGGGAGUAUAACACUUAAGAUGGUUAUUAUGGAUCAAAGAAAUAUCCAGUUUCUACAUAAUGAAUGCCCUGAAUUUAUAACAGAUAAAAGUUGUCUAUUAGCUCUUCAAUUAAUAUGAGAUUGAUUAUAUUAGAAUAUAUUUUAUAUUGCUGACUUGUAAAAAAAAUUUCACUGCAUUUUACUUGUUCGAACCAUUGUGAAACAUACAUUUUAGUUGUAUUUAUGUGUCGGCUACACAUAUUUGUCCUCAAAUAACAGACAAAAAAAUCACAAUUAUACUUAGGUUGGAUUUAAAUGAAUAAUUUGUACUAUAUCAGAGUUAGAUACUCAGAGAUGUAAUAACUCAUAGUGGUAUGUAGUGCCUAAAUGGGGAUUUUAAAACCGUCUUUUAUUUCCUCUAAUUGUGUUAUGUCUAAAACACACACACACACACACACACAGACACACACACACACACACACACACACACUGACCAGAAUUUAUGCUUAUCUUUAAGAAAUGUUUUGAUAGUUAUUCAUUCUCUAUUAAUAAUGUUUUUGUUUUUUUUGGUCACAUUUAAUUUUGUAUGUCACAUGCUGUCUGAGGUCUAAACAUUUUAAAUAAGCUUCAUUUAUGUGUGGGUACAAACUAAAUAUUUCAGAUGGUUUUGUACAUGGAAUGAAAAUGUACCUACUUGAAAUAAUAUUGUACAAAGACAUAUAUUUUGAAUAUUAAAACAAAAUUGCAUAAUUGUC